UUAUCAAACGGAUACACAGCAGUAAAAAUGUCAUCUUCGAUCGCUUCAUCUGUUUUGGCCAUCCUCUGUCAAAAUCAAGGGGGCUUAAAGUUCAGGCAGCUUAACCAAAUUCUUCAGAGAAAAACAGCAGUCGCGGAGCAUGUCUUGUUAAGUGAACUUUUGGACGAAAGUAGAUUUCUCAUGGUUUAUGGUGACGGUAACUCUGAUCCUAAUAGGCUGGUAAUCGCUAAAACGGCUAUACGAGUUUGCCAAUCCCAGAAAUGUCUUGACUGUGACGACUUCCUUCAUUUGUGUAGAUAUUUUGUCUGCGGAAAAUGUGGAUUUGGGGACAAAUGUAAAAAUCCACACAGCCUGGACUCCCAGACUAACAGGUCACUUCUGCGGAAGACAGGUCUGAGUGAUCUCAGCGUUGGGGAGUUGUGUUCCCUACUUCUACAGAACGAUCCGUACCUGCUGCCAGAGAUCUGCGGUCAUUACAACAAGGGCAUUGGAGAACACGGCUCCUGCAGAUUCAAGUCCAGCUGCACCAGUCUGCACGUGUGCCAGCACUUCCUUUUGGGAGACUGCAAGUUUGGGGCCACUUGCAAGAGAGCACACACGUUUGACGCCAGCAGCAUGAAGAUCCUGAACGGCAGAGGCCUCAGUCCAGAGAACAUCCGCCACCUCCAGCUGAUCUACAGGAACCGACUGCUCCUCAGUGGAGAGAGGCCGGUCACCGUGAAAACCAGCAUUACUAAACAAGUUACCAAGUUGUCCCUAGGACCCAAGCACCCACCCGUGCUACCUGCUGCAAAAGAGCGCUCACGGCAGACUUCAGGCACCUGCAUCAGUGAAGCUGACCACAAUGAAAUCUGCCUAUACUUCAUCCACAGAGGAUGCAGCUUCAAAGAUAAGUGCAUUCGUGUCCAUCACAAUCGUCCGUGCAAAUGGCAAUGUUUGGACAGUGAUGGUGUGACAUGGACAGACCUGCCUGAUCAGGAGGGGCUUGAGAAGGCCUACUGCAGCCCAGCCAGUGACAACAGCCCAGGGGUCCGGCCUGUGAACUUCCUCACCAUGACCUGUGCCGGCUCUCCUGUCCGCCGCCUGUCCACUGCGUCCUCCGUCACCAAACCGCCCCACUUCCUCCUGACCACCGAGUGGCGCUGGUAUUGGAAGGAUGACCAGGGGGGCUGGAAUGAGUACGGAGUCAAGGCCUACGGGCCCGCUGUGUCCUCGGUCACCUCUAAAUCCCUGGAGAAGGCUUACCUCUGCAGUGGUGACAGUGAGGUGCCGUUUGAUGCAAGAGAACAACAGUACAUAGUCUACCUGAAGGAAAUGUAUCAGCAGAACCAGAAAUAUAAAACCAAAAGGGAGGUUCGAAGGCGACCCUGUUUUCAAGACGUGCAGACCAAGCUAAAGAGUGAGUCCUCAGAAACAUCCAGCUCCUCCUCGGCAGAUGUGCCAGAUCACUGGGAUAAAACAGCUCAGCCCAACGGCUCCUACAAGCUUGUUCCUCUCUCAGCCUCCUCUGAUGAGUUCCAGAAGGUGGAGAAAUUGUUUAAGCACACAAUGCCCAACAGCACUGUUCGGAGUAUCAGAGGGAUACAGAACAGAUCACUAUGGAGAGUUUUUCAAUGGCAGAAGGAGUCCAUGAUGGAGAGGAGUGGGGGCAGGACGGUGCAGGAGCGCCUGCUGUUCCACGGCACAGACCCCUCUCUGCUGGAGGCCAUCUGUGACCAGAACUUUGACUGGAGGAUGUGCGGCGUCCAUGGCACGCGCUACGGCAAGGGAAGCUACUUUGCCAGAGACGCAGCAUACUCACACAACUACUGUACAGUCACCAGUAGCAUGAAGACCAUGUUUGUGGCUCGGGUGUUAGUGGGAGAGUUCACCAAAGGCAGCAGCAGUUUUGUGCGUCCUCCGGCUAAAGGAUCUGGCAAGCACCUCUACGACAGCUGUGUGGACAACAUCAGCAAUCCUGCUAUUUUUGUUAUCUUUGAGAAAUAUCAGAUUUACCCAGAGUUUGUCAUUGAGUACCAGAGUGAGGGGUUUAAAUAAUUGUGAGGGACCCCCUUGCAUUCCUGGGUAAUAGACUGGGCUAAUCCCCGGAUGUUUACCAUGUCUGCUUCCAUCCCUGUUGAGUACAGGUCCUAGACAUCAGAACUAGGGUUUGAUGUCUGCUCGGUGUGCUUCAGCAAACUUCUGAAUUAAGCAGUUUGGAUUCUCAUAGUCUCAUGUAUGUAGCCUUUGGAUGAACACAAGUAUGUUUCUGAAAGUCCAGAAUACUGGCCACUAAACUGUGCAUAAAAUAGAAAUAGACCAAAGAUCUGCUUAACCCUCUCUGAAUAGACUUUGAUGAGCAGCACACAUGCAGAAGCUCUUUUUAAAUUCAAAUCAAAGUUUAACAUCAACGUCGUUUUUAACUACCUGUUACUCUUAUGAUAUAACAUGAAAUUCACAGCACUGAAAAAUAUUCACAGCACUGAAUAAUAUAUUAUUGAUUUCAUUUUUAACUCUGAUGACAGUACUUGAUAGUAGGCUACACACUGUCUCAACUUUAUACUGUGCUUUCCUCUACCAUGGAGAGGGUACUACUGAUGUGGGCAAGUACUCACAUCAGUUCUCAGAUUGUGCACUGAAAAGUUACAGGAAAAAGCAUUCUGUACCCACUUAACAGCCAUCUGGUGGCUAUGCUGUACAGGCUUCUGAGUGACCUCUGUCAUUAAGGACUUUUGACAGAUGCCUACUGAGGGAGCACAGAAAGUGUUCAAGCUCUUGCCUGGUUGUAUUUUUCUACAUUGGGGCAAACCCUAGCACCCCUUUGGGAUCUAUGAACUUAUGUAGAGGAAAAACUGAAAUCACAGCUCUGUGACAACGGUUUGUUUUGUGUUGAGCCAAGAGGCCUUCACUAGCCUGGCCUAGCGUCUACGCUUAUUUUCUGAAUGAGAUAGCCUGUCUCCUAUUCACAAGUGAAAAGGGAGUUUGCCUUGGUGAAAUCAGGCUACUCAUGAAUGUGAAAAUAUCCUUUCUUAUGUGAAAUAUGCUGAUAACAACAAAUGGGUUAUUAUAACUUUACAUAACUAUACAUUCCAAUAUUAAUAAUUUAUCUUCUGUCUUGGUAUGUGUUGGUUGUGAUUAGCUAUCUCUAUUUCCAACACUAGCUUGCGUAAAUAAAG